UGGUAGCAGUACACGGUAGGAAGCAGAAAUAUGCGAAUUGGCCCCGGUCAAAAAGUGAAAUAUUGGGAAAGGGUAGGUUUCCAUGUCAAAUUUGAGGGUAAUAGGUCUUAUUGUAUCCCCAAAUUGCAUUAAAUCCUGAGAAUAUGACCAUUUUCAAAUGCGAAACUGUGGGGUCAUGACCUCUUGUUGUUGUUGUGUUCUUUGUUACUCAGGAAGGAAAACUGCGGUAGGCAUAUUGUAUUUUGGGUUCUUUUUAAGCUGGAAUCGCUAGUAGGAUCACGCUGUGAAGUAUUGCGCGAAAACCACCUGGUUACGUGGUUCAUUGUUUUCUGAAUUGAGCGUGGUGGAGAUCAAGAAGGCGUCCGCGGCUCCGAGAGAGUGUGUGUCUACCGUGGUCUGCUACCUAUACAAUUUAAACCUGCUUUCGAAACUAGGUGAAAGCGCUUUCUUUGUAUUAUCUCCCUGCGGCCAUUUUGUUUCACAAGUAAAAAUACAGGUGACAUUUACCUUGACCAUUCAAAAUGUCCUUGACCCAGGAACAGUGUGAGACGUUCUGGAACUCCGCGGACAAGAACGGGGACGGCUUUCUGACCAUUCAGGAACUUGCCGUCGCCCUGAGGGUCGCCCUGAGGGGUUACCACGACCCAAGGAGUAAACUUACUGACAAGGACAUCGCUUUUAUGUUCAAUUCCAUCGACAAGAGUCAAGACCAUAAGAUCUCUAAGGCAGAAUUCUUCGAUGAAAUGAGCAAGCCCCCUCGCUCCCAAACGCUCAAGGACACUUUUAAAGCGUUCGACAAAGACGGAAAUGGUUCCCUGUCUCGUUCUGAACUCGAGGCUGUGGUCCGCGCUUCGAAGUGCUUCAAACCAGAAGAGAUCCAAGCUGCAAUAGCGGAAAUAUUUAACACCGCAGACAUCAAUCAUGACGGAUCUGUCAGUCUCGAAGAGUUCUUGUCUGUCGUUAGCUAACACGCACGCUUUCCCGACCGAGUCCGCCAUGUUUCUUCACACGUCGUCCGUUCAAUGACGCCUUUACUCGGACAUUUAUUCGGUCUUAAUUGUGGAUUUGUUUUCAUCCCUGGAAGAUAAUAUAACACGCAAUGCGCAUUGUAUCCAUACCGUGAAGUCACUGCGAUCUUGUAAUCCUGUAUGCUUAGCUGCGAAACGCAUCGCGAAUUGCUUAUGAUUAUCUACACCAAUCAAUAAUCCUGUCGUAUUUAUACACUUUUGAAUUACUCAUUUACGUACGGCUCGUACGAUACUCGAACUCAUGACCCACUGUGUACAUGCCCUUCAUUCUACCAACUUAAAUAUUGAUUUAAUCCACAAUAACAUAAGUUAAAACAUUCCUGUGUUGUUAUGCUUCAAAUUCAAAGUAAAAGUCAAUGUCAUAUUAUUUUCAUGCAUGGAACUCAAAACAUAUUGUCGCAGCAACCACAUUGCUUGGCGUUAAAUUACACACGUCAGAAUGAUCCGGUAUGUAUUCCAUGCGCGAUGUGAAAAAUAGGGCGAAACAUUGGUUUUAUGAAUUUCACUGUUAUUGUUUAAAUUAUACUUCUUCCAUAUUCACCGAUUAGUAAUAUGCACCAUUUUUAAAGCUAAUAUUGUCCGAUAGACCAACAGCAAGUUAUAUGAGCCUCGAUCUGGGAAAACUGAGCCUAACGCAUGUGCGUAAAGUGUCGUCCUAGAUUAGCCUGUGCAGUCCGCAAAGGCUAAUCAUAAACGAUCUUUCCACCGUAACCGGAUUUUUGUUAAGAAGAGACCUUUUUUAAACGAAAAAUUCGAUAAAAGCGGGAAGUGUCGUCCCUGAUUAGCCUUUGCAGACUGCUAAUCAGGGACGACACUUUAUGCACAUAUAUUUAGCCCAGAUUUCCCAGAACGAUGCUCAUAUAAGAUAUUGAGUUUGAAUCAAACUGGAGCUAUAUGUGUCGAAAAAAUAUAUAGAGUUACACUGCACGAUUUCACAAAAUAUUAUUUGAAUAAUAUAAAGAUAUUUAUGAAAACUGAA